AUGCCAGCGCGGUCCUGGUCGUCGACGCUCAAGCUCCCCAAGUCGACUUUUCCCCCGCGGGUGUCACCGGCCGACCAAGCAAAAUACCUCAAGCGAUGCACCGAUGACCUCUACGCCUGGCAGCGCCGCGAACGACCAACCCAACACCCCUUCGUGCUGCACGAUGGCCCGCCAUACGCGAAUGGAGAAUUGCACAUUGGGCACGCGCUGAAUAAGGUCUUGAAGGACAUAAUUUGCAGAGUUCAAUUGGGGCUGGGAAAGCGGGUGCGCUACGUACCGGGCUGGGACUGCCAUGGACUUCCCAUUGAGCUGAAGGCGCUACAAGGCUUGCGCGAGUUGGGGAUCGGAGAUGGCUCAGUCAGCGCUGCAGUCAUUCGUAAAGCUGCGCGGCAACUGGCGGCGAAGACGGUGACGGAGCAGAUGAAAGGGUUCCGCGGGUUUGCGGUCAUGGCGGACUGGGACAAACACUGGAAGACGAUGGACAAGCAAUUCGAGAUGCGACAGCUCGGCAUUUUCCGAGAGAUGGUCGAUCGGGGGUUGAUCUACCGAAAGUUCAAGCCGGUCUACUGGUCACCUUCCACUGGGACGGCACUGGCAGAGGCAGAGCUGGAGUAUAAAGACGACCAUAUCUCGACCGCGGCCCUGGUCAAGUUUCCUCUCGUUACGGUCCCGACACACUUGGCCACCAACCCUCUGAUUCAAGGGAAAGAUUUGAGUGCCGUGAUCUGGACUACAACGCCCUGGACCCUGCCGGCCAAUGCGGCCAUUGCGGUCAGCGAGUCGUUGGAGUACACCAUAGUCCAGUCGGAGACCCACGGUCACCUUCUCGUGGCUCAGUCCCGAUUCGAGUACCUCCAAACAAUGUUGAAAGAGGAUCUCUCGAUCGUUGUCCCAUCCAUUCUCGGGUCUGAGUUGGCAGAGAAGACCACGUAUCGGCCACUCUUCAAGAGCCCAGAAGCCGACCCACAGCCUAUCAUCGCGGCGGACUUUGUCACGGCUGACUCUGGUUCCGGUCUUGUUCAUUGCGCUCCGGGUCACGGUAUGGAAGACUACGAGGCGUGUCUUGCACGCGGCAUUCCCGUGUUUGCUCCUGUCAACGACGAAGGACGAUUUACGGAGAAAGCGAUGCCCCAUGACCCCACGAGAUUGGCAGGCAAGGCUGUCUUGGGAGAAGGCAAUGACGCGGUUGUGGAGUAUGCCGAGUCACGCGGUCAACUACUUGCUAAACACCGGUACGAACACAAGUAUCCGUACGACUGGCGUUCCAAACUCCCGAUCAUCAUUCGGGCCACGGAGCAGUGGUUCGCAGACGUGGCCGACAUUCGGGGCAGUGCGCUCCGAGCGCUGGAGGAUGUUCACUUUGUUCCCGAAGCCGGCAAGCAUCGUCUGGAGAACUUUGUGAAGAACCGAAAUGAAUGGUGCAUCUCACGUCAACGCGCGUGGGGUGUCCCGAUCCCAGCAAUUUAUCACCGGACCACGGGCGAGGCCGUCUUGACGAAAGACAGCGUGUCACACAUCAUGGCCAUCAUUGAAGAGCGUGGGAUUGAUGCCUGGUGGACGGAUAGUGUUGACGAUUCGGCCUGGAUCCCGCCGUCCCUACGCGAUGAGUCUGGGGCGGGCUACCGUCGCGGAACAGACACUAUGGACGUUUGGUUUGAUAGCGGUACCAGUUGGACGAGCGAAGAUAUGACUGGACGAGACCAUCCGGCCGAUGUGUAUUUGGAGGGAACUGACCAGCAUCGAGGUUGGUUCCAAUCCGGGCUCCUCACUUUCAUUGCACACCAACUUGCCUCUGGUCAGUCAUCGACUCCUCGAGCGCCUUUUAAGCAUCUCAUAACGCACGGCUUUACACUCGACGAGGAUGGUCGCAAGAUGAGCAAGUCGAUCGGGAACGUUAUUGCCCCACAGUCCAUCAUGGACGGCACGCUCUUGCCGCCCCUCAAGCCACGCAAGGGGAAGAAGAAGACAGAGAAGAAGACAGAGAAUCAAGGGCCCGAGUACGACGCACUCGGUCCCGACGCCCUUCGUAUGUGGGUGGCGAGCAGCGACUACACGCGCGACGUGGUGAUUGGAAAGCAGGUGCUCCAAACCGUCAACACCAGCCUUCACAAGUUCCGCGUGACCUUCAAACUGCUGCUGGGUGCGCUCGCUGAUUUCCGGCAAGACUACCGGGUACGGUAUGAGCAGUUGCAACAAGUAGACCGGAUUGCCCUAAUGCAUCUUUCGCAAAUGGUCUUGGCCUCGCGAGCGGCGUGUGAGAACUUCGAGUUCUACAAGGCCGUCAACGUGAUGAACCGAUGGGCCAACCUCGAAUUCUCCGCUUUCUACAUGGAGGCCAUUAAAGAUCGGCUGUACACACAUGGCGAAAACAGCACGAGCCGACGCGCGGCGCAGACGACCUUGUUCCACAUCUACACUCAUCUCCAGGAAGUCCUGGGUCCGAUUACUCCGAUGCUUGUGGAAGAGACAUGGGAGCAUACACCGGAAGCGAUCCGUUCGCACUGUGAGCACCCGCUGCAGCGCCUGGUGUCUGUCCCGGCGGCGGAAUGGCAAGACCCCGCGCUGGAGACGAGCUACCAGGAGAUUGUGGCAGUGCACUCGGUCAUCAAAAGCCUACAGGAACAAGCCCGCAGUAAGAAACAGCUAGGCUCGUCCCUACAAUCUUUUGUGCACCUAGCCCUCCCGGCCAGCAAAUCUAUCUUCCACCAGUUUUUGGCCGAGCUUCCCGAUCUGUUUGUUGUUUCGUCGGUUACUCUGGGCCAGCAUGGCGAGGAGGCCGUCCCCCACGAAAUCGAACAUGCCGAGUGGCAGUACACGGAGACUUUGGAGCUCCCCGACGGCCAGCAAGGCACGGUGCACGUCUACGCGCCGCAGGCAUCCAAAUGCCCACGGUGUUGGCGGUACGCCGUUCCGACAGAGGCAGAAGAGGAGACGAUCUGCGAUCGCUGUGAGACGGUGGUACGCGAGAUGGAAAUGUAA